AUGUUUCAACCAAAAAUGAUAGAAAAUGAGAAAUCAUUUUAAUGUAUUCAUGGUCAUAAUCUUCCUAUUGUUAAAGUAGCUACUAAUGCUAAUUUAUCAAAAGAUAGAAGGCUGCUUUGUGAUUAGUGUUUUAAAAAUAAUAUCAUCGAUUCGAAUUUUGUCGAAUAUGAAGAAAUUGCAAAAAUAAUUAAGAAUGAAUAAAAUUUCAAAAUGAAUUUGAUAGAAAAUAUAAUAACUACAAACAUUCAGUGGAUUGAAUCUCUCAUUAGUAAUGUAAAUACUUUAAAAUAAAAUUUAAUUUCUUAAUUAGAUUCUUUGACUUCAAUUCUUAAUGAUUGGAUUUCAAAUCUUGAAUAUAAAGGACUUUAGUAUUCCAAAUAUAGCUUUAUUGAUUAAUUGGAUUUAAUGAUAAAGAAUUAGAAUAUGAAAUUCGAUUCAAAAAAUUUAAUAAAUGAUAUUUUUUCAGAUUACACUAAAUGGAAACCAAAAGUGAUCUCUGUACUAGAGUAAUUCAAAAAGUUUGAAAAAGUUAAUGAAUGCAAAAAAAUUUUAUCCAAGAUGAACUUCGAAAUAUAAAAACAGAUGACAAAUAAUUCAAAUGAAAAACCGCAGGAUAUAAUCGAAGGUUUAAUUGAUCUUCGAUAAUUUUGUAAUAUUAAUACUUGGGUGUCUAAUUUAAUUUUAUCUCCAAAUGAAUAAUAUCUAGCUGUUAUUAUAGAACAAUAAGCUCAUGAUGAUUAUGGUUAUAUUUAGCAUUAUUUAGUUAUAAUUUUUAAUCUUACAAAUAAUGAGAGAAUAUAUCAAGGAUAAUGGAUUAUAUUUGAUUAAAAUGAAGAUAAUUUCAUUGAAUUUUAAUUUGAUCAAAACUCAAAAUAUUUCAUCGAUAAAAGAGCUUUUAACAUAAGAAUAGUCAAAAUUGAAUCAAUUAACAAUGAAGAAAUUUUGUUUUAUGGUAAUUUCUUAGAUAUUGACAAUAAUUAAAAUUUAUACAUGAAUAACAACAAUUAAGUGAAAGUAUAUUCAAUAACACCUAAUGUAUUGUUAAAAACAUAUUAUUUUGAUGAGAAACUUGUUUGGUUUAAAUAAAUCUCAGGAUUUGCUUUUAUUAUAUAAAAACAAUAUUUCCAGAUAAUUCUUUUUUAGAAUAUGAAAUAAAUCAAAAUUAAAAAAAUAUUAUUAACAAUGGGAAUAAUAAAAUUAUAUUCUCCAAAAAUAAUAUUUGGUCAAAGAAACAAAUAAUGGAUCUGGGAAACCAGAAAUAGUAUGCUUAAGCUCGAUAAUUUUAGAUAAAAUAAUAAGGCGAUUCAGGCAUAAGUAAUGUUUAUUGUUUUAAAAUGGAUUUGAAGCUUAGGUUAGCUGGAUAGAGAAUAAUAGGAUAGUUAAAUUUGAUUUAUUGAAAGGCACAUAAAAAUUUAUCGAUUUUUCUAAUGAGAAUAUCAAUCAGUGUUAUGCCAUAGCUAAAAAAACAAUAGUGGUAAUGAUGAAUAAGUAAAAAUUGAAAUAUUAAAAAAUGAUUUGA